GGUGCUGGCGGGUCGAGCAGGCGGCAGGAGCAGAAGUUUGUUCUGCGCUGUGUUUUUACGCAGGCGCAGACGAGGCUGUUUGUCCAGUUUCGCUGGUUGACUUUUACCUGAGAGGUGGACGAGUUUCGGUGCCGGUGGGAACGACGGGCAGCCACCGGCAGCGGAGGUCCGGUCCAGAGGUUGAUCCGACUUUCCUCCCUCCCUCCAGCGGCUCCGUGUGACUCAGGCUCCCGCUGCGCAGCGCCGGACGGCUUCUCCGGGAUUUUAGAGUCGGUGCGCAACAGCGAGCGAAGCAGGUGCACGGAGCGGAGCGGACCGGACGGGAGAAGGAGGAGGGCUGCUCCGGUUUUAGUCCCGGACCGGAGCCUCCAAAUCAACUGGUUGGAUCCGCGGUAGUUUCAUUAGUAUGCGGCCGGAGUCCCCCGCAGCCGCCGAGGACUGAUCGGCAGCCCUGAAGUCUCCUCCGUGGCUGCGGAGUGACUCCUCGCCCCGGGGAGGAGCAGCAGGAGCCCCGGCCGCCGAGCGGAGCGGCUUCCCCGGACUCAGCGCGGAGCUGCUCGCCUGCUGGAUCGGGAAGAUGAUGGGCUUUCUGCGCCGGACGUUCAGCCGCCGCUCCCGGAGCCGCUUCCAGACGAGAGAGAGGGACGAGCGGGACGGGAAAGGGGGAGGAGGCGGGGGAGGCGGGGUGACCGGGAACCCCCUGCUCCUGGCCCACCAGCAGCAGGUCGUCCACGCGCCCGCCGUGGUCACCGGAGGGGCGUCGGUGCACAUCCCGGCGGCCGGAGCGGCUCGGAGCAGCAUCGGCUGCCGCGUCCUGCUGCUGGACGGCUCGGACGUGAACGUGGAUCUGCCCAGCAAAUCCAAAGGCCAGGACCUGUUCGACCAGAUCAUGUACCACAUAGAUCUGGUGGAAACCGACUACUUCGGAUUGCAGUUCAUGGACACGGAUCAGGUGUCGCACUGGCUGGACAUGUCCAAGCCCAUCAAGAAGCAGAUCCCAGAGGGUCCGCCGUACCGACUCUUCUUCAGAGUGAAAUUUUACUCUUCGGAGCCAAAUAACCUGCGAGAGGAAUUUACAAGGUAUCUGUUUGUGCUGCAGCUUCGGCAGGAUAUUCUGUCUGGCAAGCUGAAGUGUCCGUAUGAUGUGUCAGUAGAGCUGGCGGCGUAUUGUUUACAAAGUGAGCUGGGAGACUGCGACCCGUUGGAACAUUCACCUGAGCUGGUGUCGGAGUUUCGUUUCACUCCCAAACAGAGCGCAGCCAUGGAGGCGGACAUCUUCAGCAGGUGGCUGGAUCUCAGGGGAAAGAGCCCGUCGCAGGCAGAGAUUUCUUUUCUCAACAAAUGCAAGUGGCUGGAACUUUACGGCGUAGAUAUGCACUUUGUCAAGGGCCGGGAUGGAGGAGAAUAUGCACUGGGUCUCACUCCGACGGGCAUCUUGGUGUUCGAGGGUUCCAACAAGAUUGGGCUUUUCUUUUGGCCAAAAAUCACUCGACUGGACUUCAAGAAGAGUCGACUCACGUUGGUGGUGGUGGAAGACGACGAUCAGGGCCGGGAGCAGGAACACACCUUCAUGUUCCAGCUGGCCAGCGCCAAGAGCUGCAAACACCUGUGGAAGUGCGCCGUGGAGAGCCACGCCUUCUUCCGGCUACGUCAGCCAACCACGGGCAAGGCGAACCGCAGCGACUUCACGCGACUCGGAUCUCGAUUCAGAUUCAAUGGAAAGACGGAGUAUCAGGCCACUCAUGGAGGCCGACUGAGGAGAGCCAGCACCUUCGAGAGGAGGCCGAGCAAGAGAUACCCCUCCCGAACUCAGUCGCUGGGCAAAGUUGCCAUUUCUCCAACCAAUCCUUCACAAAGCAGCUUUCAUGCCAGCCCGGAGCCCAGCCUGCAUCCGUACCAACACAACAUUCCUAUUGGUCAUGAGCCGUGGCAUCCCCCCCACCCGGCGCUGACGCCCCCAGUGUACCUGCAGCCCCCCGGACACACACCUCCACACAGUUUCCCUCUGACCGGUCCUGCUUCAGACCAUCAGUUCAGCGUGGAAGAGAACGAGAAUUCGUAUUCUGGCAAGAUUCACCACCGCCACCGCCGCCACACACACAGCCAGGACACGCUCUGCCACACACACACUAAGAACAAACGUCGAGCUCCUCCCUGCCCAGCAGAUGAGAUGGAAAUCUCUCAGUCUCUGCUCAAAGCUCUGGAGUCGGACAGUGAUUCUCCUCCUUGGCCUUCGCUGCACGUCAACAUCGACAACAAGGGAGAGGAGAAGCAGCUGUCGGAGAAGUCUCUUCACCCUCCUGCUUCUCCGGCGACGCUCCCCGAUCACCUCAAAUGCAACAUCCUCAAAGCCCAGAUGGAGGCAGCUUUCAAGAAGGAGGCCCCAACAACGCCCAGAGGGAAGAACGCCAACGAGACCCUCAAUGACAGGUAUCAGAGUUCGUCCCAAGACUCGGCAGCAUCCAGUCUGACUGCAGACAAGACGCCACAUCGACAGGACCGCAACCCAACGCCAGAGAGGCUGCAGCCCAAAGCCAACCCGAGCACCAACCGCAGGAAACGACUGGUCCGACAGUUCAGCUUCAACCAUGAGGAUGAAGAGAACCUCCCAGAAGCACUUGCAGCUAUCUCCUCUGAGAGCACAGCAAAGUCUGGGUCCAGCAGCUCGUUGGACAAACAGAUACAGCCGUCUAUUUACCCACAGGUGGAUAAUAUGCCAGCACUGGAGCUGGGUAGUCCAUGCUGUCCCUCUCCUUCGCCUUCCCCUCACCUCUCCCCUUCUUACUACCGUAGCUCCAUCCCUCACCUGGUCCCUUACUUUGCUGCCCAUAACGACAGCGGAGAAGAGAUUAGGUUGGACAGAGAGAAGAUCCUGAGAGCCCUGCUGAUGACGGAGCUCUGAGACUUUGACAUCGUCACCAUCCAGCUGAACACAAGCUCCAAAAUCAACAUCUGUAUAUUUGCAUCACACGUUUAGCAGUUAUAAAUAUAUAUUUGCAUAAAGCCAAUUGUUAUAUUUGCUUAACCGUUAUUUUAGAAGGAUGGUUCUUUAUAUUCAACUGUAUAAAAAGCGAAAUAGAAUCACUCACAUGCAUUACAGACGAGCUACGAUGUGACUGGUGCUGCCUGCAUGAUCAAUAUGUUUAUCUAAUGAUUAUCUGAUUUGCUUUGGGGUUAGGUUUCUGUGCGAUUCCAUCAUCACUGUGUCCGUGUUGAUGCCUAAACUGUGUUUCAGACGACGACUGUUGAAGCUCCGCACAAAAAAAGUACUGUUGAAGUCACUUCACUCUCAAGUCAGUUUGUUCAAAAUGUAAAUAGACAUGCAGAGCAGGUUGUAAAUGCUUACUUCAGUACUGUAUUUAUUAUGUCAGAUUUCCAUUUUUACAUGCUGAAACACUUGCAGCGUUUGUGUUUUUAACAAAAAAAACAAAACUUCCCAAACAGAGUGAAUUGAGUGUAUAAAAGAUGGUGUAGUCUCAGUCUGCCCAGUAGAAGGAGACAAACCUGCAGUCAGACUCUGAUCCUGAGUUCCAGCUUGUCAUGAGGAACAGAUUAGAUAUUUUUCUACAUGCAGUUUUCAUCGCAGGUCGACAGCAAAUCGCUUCUCAGAAAUAAGGUGUUAGUAAACAUAAUCCUGCUGCUCAACAACUUUACUUCAGCCUUUGUUUGUCACUUUCACACCUGAAGCAGCAGCGUUUUGACCUGCCAUUGUUCUGUACGUGUUGAUCGGCUGGUUCUUAAUAAAGGCCACACCAUCAGUUUGACAA